AAGCCAGCUGUCCAUGCAGCAAUUAGGUAGUCGUAGUACUAGAUAUUCUUGGUCUUCCUGAGAGCAGAGCACUGAGUCUGACUUCAGCUUGAGACCCCAAAAUGUCUUUUGGAUUUUCUGUGAGAGUGAUGGUGCUCUUUUUGGCUUUGGGGCACAAUACAAAUGCACUUGACACAAGUGGAGGCUCCAGUGGCACUAGGCCUCUCUUUGCUUAUCCACGAAGCCACAAGCCUGCUUUUGUGUCAACUUCUGAGCAUUCUGCACAGCCUGGAGGGUUUCUGGGUAGUUCUGGAUCCAGUCACAGUGGAAGUGGGCAAGUAGAUGGUUACAGUCCAUUUGGAAGUGUUUCUAGUUAUGUGCCUGACUCACAGAUCCUUAGGAAACCCGAACUGAACUCUCAGCAGCGACCUAAAGCUAACCCCAAUGCAAACAGUGUAUCCUGGACCAAUGGAGGCAACUGGGAUUUGGAUUCUCAAAAUGUAAAAAGUAUUAAGUCAGGUAUUGCUUCAAGUAAUGCAAUUAUUAUGCAAUCUGUUAACGUUCCAAAUGCCUUUAAUCCGGGCUACCCGCAAGAGCAGUCCAGGCCUGAGCAGCUUCCCAAUUUCAAUAUGGGCAACUUGCAGAGUCCGCACAAGCCCCAGGAGCUGCCCACUUCCAAUACAGGCUACCUGCAGAGGCGUCCCAGUCCCCAGCAGUUGCCCAGUUUCAAUUCUGGCUACCUGCAGAGGCCGGCCAAACCCCAGGAGCUGCCCACUUCCAAUACAGGCUACCUGCAGAGGCGUCCCAGUCCCCAGCAGUUGCCCAGUUUCAAUUCUGGCUACCUGCAGAGGCCGGCCAAACCCCAGGAGCUGGCCACUUCUAACACGGCCUACGUGCAGACGCCACCUAGGCCCCAGGAGCUGCCCACUUCGGAAAUGGCCUACUCACAGAAGCUGCCCACUGCCAAUAUGGGCUACCUGCAGAAGCCAUCCCAGGAACUGUCCACAUCUAAUGCAGGUUACCUGCAGAGGCCAGCCAGGCCACAGGAGCUGCCCACUUUCAACUCUGCCUACGUGCAGAAGCCAGCAAAGCCCCAGGAGCUGCCUACUUCCAACUCGGCAUAUGUGCAGAAGCCACCCAGGCCCCAACAGCUGCCCACUUCCAGUACAGGCUACCUGCAGAGGCUGCCCAGGCCCGAGCAGGUGGCCUCUUCCAAUACAGGCUACCUGCAGAAGCCCUCCCAGGAGCUGCCCACUUCCAAUACAGGCUACCUGCAAAGGCUGCCCAGGCCCCAGCAGCUGCCCACUUCCAAUACAGGCUACCUGCAGAAGCCCUCCCAGGAGCUGCCCACUUCCAGUACAGGCUACCUGCAGAGGCCGCCCAGGCCCCAGCAGGCGCCCACUUCCAAUACAGGCUACCUGCAGAAGCCAUCCCAGGAGCUGCCCACUUCCAGUGCAGGCUACCUGCAGAGGCCGGCCAGGCCCCAGCAGGCGCAGACCUCUAAUUCCGCCCACCAACCAAAGAAGCCCCAGGAAAGCGUGCUGCAAACCAAAGCUGGCAUGUGGAAGUUGUUUUCGGAUCCUAAUGUGCAGCCUGCCAACUCGAAGGUUCCUGACCUCCUGUGA